UAUUCAUGCUGAUCACCGGCUUGAUAGCAAGGCAUGCAAUCUCUGUCACAUAGCAGCUAGCAGCAUAGCGCUCACAUAGAUCUCAAGAGAUCUGAAGUUUGUUUCCAGUCAAACAAAUCCUAGUUAUAUGAAGUUAAUGUUCGUCAUUUUAGCAUAGCCACAGGAUUGCCUAGAGAAACCUACGCUUGAUAAAUCGGACUGACCAGGAUGGAGUGGCAACCAGAUGAACAAGGUCUGCAGCAAGUGCUCCAGCUCCUCAAGGACUCCCAGUCUCCGGACACAGCGACUCAGAGAGCAGUGCAAGAAAAACUGGAGCAGCUUAACCAGUUUCCAGAUUUCAAUAACUAUCUCAUCUUCGUACUGACAAGCCUCAAAUCUGAGGAUGAGCCCACUCGUUCUCUCAGUGGCCUCAUACUGAAGAACAACGUUAAGGCUCACUACCAGAACUUCCCUCCCAAUGUGGCUGACUUUAUCAAACGUGAAUGCCUCAACAACAUCGGUGACCCUUCGCCACUUAUCAGAGCUACAAUCGGUAUCCUGAUCACAACCAUUGCCUCCAAAGGCGAGCUGCAGACCUGGCCUGAACUGUUGCCGCAGCUUUGCAAUUUGCUGAACUCGGAGGACUAUAACACUUGUGAGGGUUCUUUUGGAGCAUUGCAGAAGAUCUGCGAGGACUCGUCCGAGUUGUUGGAUAGCGAUGCACUAAACAGGCCACUCAACAUCAUGAUUCCCAAGUUCCUGCAGUUUUUUAAACACUGCAGUCCCAAGAUCAGGUCCCAUGCUAUAGCAUGCGUGAACCAGUUCAUAAUUGGCCGAGCUCAGGCUCUGAUGGAUAUUAUCGACACUUUCAUUGAGAGUCUGUUUGCUCUGGCAGGUGACGAGGACAGUGAGGUGCGCAAGAAUGUGUGCAGGGCUCUGGUCAUGCUGCUGGAAGUACGCAUAGAUCGCCUCAUCCCGCACAUGCACAGCAUCAUCCAGUACAUGCUGCAGCGUACCCAAGACCCAGAUGAGAAUGUGGCUUUGGAGGCCUGUGAAUUCUGGCUGACUUUGGCCGAACAGCCCAUCUGCAAAGAGGCCCUGUCUGGCCACUUGCUCCAACUCAUCCCAAUUUUGGUGAACGGGAUGAAAUACUCUGAGAUUGAUAUAAUUCUUCUAAAGGGUGACGUUGAGGAGGACGAAGCAAUUCCAGACAGCGAGCAAGACAUCAAGCCUCGCUUCCACAAGUCCCGCACUGUCACUCUGCAGCACGAAGGAGGGGAGGGUGAAGAGGGGGAGGACAUUGACGAUGACGACGAUGAUGAUGACGAUACGCUGUCUGACUGGAACCUACGGAAAUGUUCUGCUGCGGCACUGGAUGUUCUGGCCAAUGUGUUUCGAGAGGAGUUGCUUCCUCAUCUCCUACCCCUGCUCAAAGGCCUGCUCUUCCACCCUGAUUGGGUCAUCAAAGAGUCUGGCAUCCUGGUCUUGGGGGCCAUAGCUGAGGGAUGCAUGCAGGGUAUGGUACCUUACUUGCCUGAGCUCAUCCCCCACCUCAUCCAGUGUUUAUGUGACAAGAAGGCCCUGGUCCGUUCCAUCGCCUGCUGGACCCUGAGCCGUUAUGCUCAUUGGGUGGUCAGCCAGCCCCCUGACGCUCACCUCAAACCUCUUAUGACUGAGCUCCUCAAACGCAUCCUGGAUGGCAAUAAGAGGGUACAGGAGGCAGCCUGCAGUGCAUUUGCCACCCUGGAGGAGGAGGCGUGCACAGAGCUGGUACCUUACUUGAGCUUCAUCUUGGACACGUUGGUGUUUGCUUUUGGGAAGUACCAGCACAAGAACCUGCUCAUCCUUUAUGAUGCCAUAGGAACGCUGGCAGACUCUGUGGGACACCAUCUGAACCAGCCUGAGUACAUCCAGAAGUUGAUGCCUCCGCUGAUCUCCAAGUGGAAUGAGCUGAAGGAUGAAGAUAAAGAUCUCUUUCCAUUGCUUGAGUGUCUGUCAUCUGUAGCUACUGCUCUGCAGAGUGGCUUCCUCCCCUACUGUGAGCCCGUCUACCAGCGCUGUGUCACCCUUGUCCAGAAGACUCUGGCACAGGCCAUGAUGUACAGUCAGCAGCCAGAUCAGUAUGAGGCACCUGACAAGGACUUCAUGAUCGUGGCUCUGGAUCUCCUGAGCGGCUUGGCUGAGGGACUGGGCGGUCAUGUGGACACACUUGUGGCUCGCAGCAACAUUAUGACUCUGCUCUUUCAGUGCAUGCAGGAUACAAUGCCUGAAGUAAGACAGAGUUCUUUUGCUCUACUGGGUGACUUGACUAAGGCUUGCUUCCCGCAUGUCAAACCAUGCAUUGCUGAAUUCAUGCCUAUCCUAGGAACCAACCUGAACCCAGAGUUCAUCUCUGUCUGCAACAAUGCAACCUGGGCCAUUGGAGAGAUCUGUAUGCAGAUGGGUGUGGAGAUGCAACCGUACAUUGCUAUGGUUCUGAGCCAGUUGGUUGAGAUUAUAAAUCGACCAAACACCCCUAAGACCCUACUGGAGAACACCGCAAUCACCAUUGGACGACUGGGCUAUGUGUGUCCUCAGGAAGUUGCACCCAUGCUGCCUCAGUUUAUCCGACCUUGGUGUACAUCACUGCGCAACAUUCGGGACAAUGAGGAGAAAGACUCUGCUUUUCGCGGGAUUUGCAUGAUGAUUGGUGUAAACCCUGGAGGUGUUGUGCAGGACUUUAUCUUCUUCUGCGAUGCAGUUGCUUCUUGGGUGAAUCCCAAAGAUGAUCUGAGAGAUAUGUUCUAUAAGAUCCUUCAUGGUUUCAAGGAGCAGGUUGGAGAGGAGAACUGGCAGCAGUUCUCAGAACAGUUCCCCCCUCUGCUGAAAGAGCGACUGGCAGCCUGUUACGGUGUUUAGAGCCUCCACACCCAUCCAAGAGGUGAGCCAGCAGGAGGAGGGUGAUUGGGAAACUCAUCCAUCUGUGUAUUGCACUGCCCUGAUCUGGGGGGAGGGAGAGGGACGCUAUUGGCCGCUCCCCCUGAUGGACGGCCCCCACGCCCUUAUGUGUUUGUCCAUAGAGGGAGGGUGGGCGGGAGGGAAUGGGAGGGACAGGGGGACACCUCUAGAUUAACUAGGCAGGGACCUGACACAGAAAAACUAACCGGUAGGGACAGCGAGAGGGACCUAGAGACGAGCUGGAGGGAUAGAAACAUGAAGUACGAGGGAGCCAGGGACAGAGACCGGCAUCGAGAAAGUUCAGGGAAUGAGAGGGAGAGACUUUAUUAACAAGGCAGGGACUAAGAGCCACAGACAUGGCUGUUACUUGGCUGGGAGGAGAUUUUAUCAGGAUUCUUAAUCGUAAGAGUAGCUAGACCAUCAGACAGACCAGACAUUUACAGACUCUCAAACACUUCUUGCACAUUUGCUGCGCAUGCAGUACUUGCAAAUUGACUGUGGGUGGCACUAUAUGACUUUUUACAACCUAUUGCAUGCAGUUAGAGACAGACAGGUGUUUAACUAUCUUCACUGUCUCUGUGAUAUCAGACUUUUCCAGGGGAAUAGCAUUCAAAAGGAAUUACUUCAGCUGUUGCCACCGAAUUCCGCUUAGCUGUACUAUAACCUCGUGAGCUGCCAUCAAUGUUUGUACCCUCAUUCUCAGUGCUGCUUCACACAAAUAUCCAUUGUCUGUAUAAUGUUGUCAUGUUUUUUACCUGAUCUGACGAGAGAGAAUAGGCUCUAUUGUGUCUCUUUGUGGCUUCACAGACACCACUCCUCCAUGAAGGGAGGAUUAGGGCUAACAUAUUAUUUUCUCACCAAAGGGGAGGAAAUUGUAGAGAGAAUUACACCCUUGGUUGUCUCCGAGGGUUAUUUGUGUGUAUAUAAAUAUGUGUGCGUGUGUGUGUGCGCGCGCGCGUGAUGGCAUGUGCAGUUUGUAAACCCUUACUUUGUUCUUUGUCCACUCUGUGAAUUUUGUAUUGUUUUUGACAUGGUACUGAGCUUAAACUUGACUCCCACCACAAUGUCCUUGGCACCUGUUAACUGUGACUGUGUUUGUGUGUGCAUGUGACGGUGUGUGUUAAGUUCUACAUUUGUAUUGAUGUCCAUUUGCUGCCAUAAUACUUUAAGCAAUGAUCUUUAUGAUGUUUCACAACUGGUCCACAUUCUUUUUUUCUUUUUGCUGCUACCCAUGUCUUUUGUUAAUAUGAAAUUACACAAUCGUCAUAAUUAGCACAAAGGCUACUUACAGUUAAUAUUGUUUUUGCACUUUUAGUUAGUUUUUUUUGUACAGACUUAUUUUGUAACUGUGCCCUUAUGAUACAUGUUUAUCCUAAUGUCAGUGUUGUCAUCCUACACUGUGAACUUAGUGUCUUUGCAUUGCAAAAAAAGAAAAUAUCCCAAUACUAAAUGGCAAAUAAAACCAACUUUGUGAAACUGCGACUAAUCCGCACUUUUACAAUGACUAACCUUG